AUGACGGGGAUUAGGAUUUGGGGUGCGUUUGGCCGGUUUUUGCUGCUUCCUUUGCUCGCCCCAUGCACCUUGCUUUUGUGCGUUGUGGUUCCAGAAUGUCUCUCCCACCCGCAGCCUUGUCAAAUCCUCAAACGGAUUGGACACACCGUGCGCGUUGGGGCCCUGCAUCUGCAACCACGUCUCUUCAGCCCGGAGCCCACGGUCAGGAGCGGGAAAGAAACCCGCAUGGACGAAUGGGAUACCGGCGGAGGCACGAGAGAAGCAGCCGAGAGACAGUUGGAAAAGAAUACAAAAAGUGUUAAUGACCACGGUUUACGCAGCCUAAGGACUAAAGGCACGUCGAACAACCCCCAUAGGGACAGGGGGGCUAAAAGUAAAAACAUGUACAAGCAACCGGAGAGUGAGAGUAAAGUGUUUAUGCCCAGGGACUCUAUCAUAUUAGCCAUGGAGACAUUAAACCGCAUGGUCGGGCUGUUACCAUACAACCUCUCCCUGGAAGUGGUGAUGGCUGUUGAAGCAGGGCUCGGGGAACUACCCGCCUUCUCUUUCUCCUCUUCCACUGCCCCUGUGUGUGAAGACCCCAUGUCCUUUCUGGAAAGUGUUUGUCAUACCGUCAUCGUCCAAGGGGUUUCCGCUAUGAUGGCUUUCCCCCAGACCAGGGAUGAGCUGGUGAAGUUGGAGUUCAUCACGUCAGCGCUUCAGAUCCCGGUCAUUAGUCUGGUGCAAAAGGAAUUCAAAAGGCAUAGUAAGAAUCCUCUACAUUUCCAGAUGUCCAUGCUGAACCCAGCCUUGCCCCAAGUGGAGCUGCUCUACUCUCUGCUUGUGGUCAACAACUGGUAUGACGUCAGCCUGCUGCUCUGUCAGGAGUGGAAUGUUUCCAGCUUCCUGGUUCGUCUCCGUAACAACACCAAGUUCCACCUGGGUUCCGUGGUCAACAUCAGUACCUCCUCUAACUCCCCACCCAACAGCUCAGCGUCCAAGUUCGACUUCCAGACAUCCCUGCAGAGAUACCUGGAGUCUCUUAAGGACUCAACAUCCACGGUGGUCACGUUCGGCUGCGACAUCCGGGACAUCAGGAGGAUCUUCAGCGUGGUGGCCAAGCUGGGCCUGAUGCUGCCUGAAUACCACUGGGUCCUGGGGGACACACAGGAUGUGGAGGAGCUGAGGACUGAGGGGUUGCCGGCUGGUCUGUUGGCCCACGGCAGGAUGGGGGCUCCCUCCCUGGAUCAUUAUGUCCAGGACGGCCUGGAAUUGGUGGCACGGGCUGUGGGUUUGGCUGCCCACCACUCCCCUGAGCUGGCCCUCAUUCCCUCCACCACUAACUGCAUGGCGGAACAGAGCAGCCAACACAGAAACAUGACCUCAGGGACAUUUCUGUCCAGGUUUCUGUCCAACACGUCAUUCGACGGUUUGAGUGGUUUCAUCUCAUCUCAGGAAGACACAGUGAUCUCCUCAGAGAACCACCACUUCAUCUGGAGCCUACAACACGACCCCAUAGGAAACCCCAUGUGGACCCGCCUGGGCCGAUGGAAGCAGGGCCGGGUCAUAAUGGACUACGCUGCCUGGACCAACAAACAGGUGUCCCACCAUGGUGGGGACUGGAGAUACCCAUCCAGGCUCCACCUCCGGGUGGUGACGCUAGUCGAGCAUCCGUUUGUCUUCACCCGCGAGGUGGACGAGGACGGACUCUGCCCAGCGGGUCAGCUCUGUUUGGACCCGCUGACCAACAACACGGCCCAGUUGCAGUCCCUGUUCCUGCAGAUGCAAGGCCCCAAUGACAGCAUCCCCAUGGAGUACAAGAAGUGUUGCUAUGGUUACUGCAUUGACCUGCUGGAGAAGCUGGCGGAGGACAUGGGCUUCCACUUUGACCUCUACAUCGUGGGGGACGGAAAAUAUGGGGGUUUGAAGAAUGGUCGCUGGACGGGGCUGGUGGGGGAUCUCCUGAGUGGGGCUGCCCACCUGGCGGUCACAUCCUUCAGCAUCAAUUCAGCCCGGAGCAGGGUCAUAGACUUCACCUCCCCAUUCUUCUCUACCUCGCUGGGCAUCCUGGUUCGGACCCGGGACACAGCAGCUCCCAUCGGGGCCUUCAUGUGGCCGUUGCACUGGUCCAUGUGGCUGGGGAUCUUUGUUUCCCUCCACGUCACGGCCAUAUUCCUCACCAUCUAUGAGUGGAACAGCCCUUUUGGGAUGACACCACGAGGCAGGAACAGAGACAAGGUGUUCUCUUUUUCCUCAGCGCUGAACGUCUGCUAUGCCAUCCUGUUUGGUCGGACGGCAGCGAUAAAGCCUCCGAAGUGCUGGACGGGUCGUUUCCUCAUGAACCUCUGGGCCAUCUUCUGUCUGUUCUGCCUGUCUACAUACACAGCCAACCUGGCCGCUGUCAUGGUCGGGGAGAAGACCUUUGAGCAACUCUCAGGUAUACACGAUCCAAAGCUUCAUCAUCCGUCACAGGGGUUUCGCUUUGCAACGGUGCGGGAGAGCAGUGCUGAGGACUACCUGAAAAAAAGCUUUCCGGAGAUGCACGAAUACAUGAGGCGAUACAACGUGCCGGCAACUCCAGACGGGAUAGAACAUCUGAAACAUGAUCCUCAGCAACUUGAUGCGUUCAUCAUGGACAAGGCCCUUCUAGACUAUGAAGUGUCCAUAGAUGCAGAAUGCAAGACACUGACUGUGGGGAAACCAUUUGCAAUUGAAGGUUAUGGUAUCGGGUUGCGUCAGAACUCUCCCCUGACUUCUAACAUCUCAGAGCUGGUGAGCCAGUACAAGUCAGACGGCUUCAUGGACAUGCUGCAUGACAAGUGGUACAAGGUGGUUCCCUGUGGCAAACGGAGCUUUGCCGUCACUGAGACUUUACAGAUGGGCAUCAAACAUUUCUCAGGCCUGUUUUUGAUGCUGUGUGUGGGGUUGGUUCUGUCCCUUCUCACCACCCUGGCUGAGCACAUCAUAUAUCGCUUCAUCAUUCCCAGAGUCAAGGAUCCCAAGCUCAAGUAUUGGCUUCAUACUAGUCAGAGGUUACAUCGAGCUAUGAACUCGUCUUUCAACGACGAUAAACUCCAGACCAUCGCCAAGACAGAAAAAAGAUGCAACAUGGGCAACAACAAACAGCAUCAGCAGUGCGUCCCGUGGAGUCGCUCAGAUUCCAACUCCAACUGCAACAGGAGAAACAGCCCGCCUCAGGAGUCCCAGUCGAACGAUCUAGAAUACCCACCAUGUGACUGCUCACCUCCUCUUCCUCUCUCUCCUCUCCCCCCCCCCACUCCUCCUCUUCCUCCUCCUCAGACGAAGAGACACCUCCCCCUGCAAGCCACAUCCAAUGGGAGGACAGACAUUCUCCAGGUGGGUGUGACCGACCCCAGGACUAACCCCAUGACGCAGGAGCUUUCAGAGCUGGAGUCACACAUCACCCUCAUAAAACAGCAGCUUCACAUCGCCAUGAAGAAGAAGAGAGAGCUGGAACAGUACCAGCAGACACAAUACCAGCAGACACACAAUAUGGCAGAAUAAAGGACUGGUACCAGCAGAGGCCUUACCAGCAAACACAAUAUGGCAGAGUAAAGACUGGUAACAGCAGUUACCAGGUGGCAGAGUAGAGGACUGGUACCAGCAGACACACACUUUGGUGGAGUGGAGGACUGGUACCAGCAGACACCAGAUGACCGGCAGACACAAUACCAGCCGACACACAGUAUGGUAGACUGGUACUGGCAAUGAUCAGGUGGCUAAGUAGAGUAUCGGUACCAGCAUGCACACUAUGGCAGAGUGGAGGACUGCUACGAGUAGGCACCAGGUGGCAGAAUAUAGGUUUGUAUCAGCAGACACCAAGUGGCAGAGUUAAAAGACUGGUACCAUCAGACACCAGUUGGUAGAGUAUAAGGUUUGUAGAGACACAGCAUCUAUGAAGCUACUCGUACCAGCAUACAGAUCAUCCCUGGGCAGGGCACGAGCUACCAGAAGACACAGCAAGAAUUGAGAAAUGGUCUGAAUGAAGUACCAGUCAGACACAGUAUGCUGAAGUCCCAGAGCAACUGAGAACCAGCCUGGUAAGGACACCCUACCAGCAGAGCAGCAAGGCGGAAGUAGUCGCCCAAACAGUGGAGUUACCCAGAGGAACUGUCUGGACACAAAGCCUUGGAACCACUGCAGCUUUCAUUGGACCCAGCGUGUUGUUGGUUUCUGCAGAUCUUGAAAGCAGAAUAUGAGGAUCUGAUUGGCUAGCUUACCAUAUACUCAGAUGACACCUGAUGGGGAGUGAGAGGGGACCAAGGGAUUGAUAAUACAAUAUAGGAUCUUUACAUCAAACCUCUUCCUUGAGAAUGUUUAAUUAUUUUCAGAGCCCUGUUUCAUUUGAGAUUUGUAAAUGGGUCUGUGAGGUUUAAGUAAAGGAAGACUGGAAGAGAGAGGGAAUGGGACAAUUAGGAUUUGACGAGACAGAGGCGUAUUGAUCCCAGAGGAAAUGGGAACAUGGGUUUGAGGAGACAGAGGCAUAUUGAUCCCAGAGGGAAUGGGAACA